AUGGUUUUGAAGACGGCUGUCUUUGAACUCAAGAAAUCUGCUAUCUUCGAGAAUGCAUUCCCUACUAUCACCGAGAAACGAACCAUGGCUAUGCAAGCAGUCAGUAAUGCUGCCUACAAGCAUAAAGAAAGGGCUAUAUUGAAGAGGCUUAAACACGACACUGACUUUGCAGUUGCUCUUGCUAGUAUUCCUGAGGGACGGCUUAGUGCUUUCCGCACUGGUAUCAAAAAGCUCGCUCAUCAAAUCGUUGUGUCUCGAUUCGCACUUCGGAGAGGUUGUUCCAAUGAGGUCGAAGAGCUCCUGAAAAGUCACAAGUAUAUUUUUCCGACUAACCAAAAUGGUAAAGUCCUUGGUGAUCAACCUUUCUGCGACGAGGCCAUGAUCGAUACGCUACAUCAGUCAUUGUUCGACGGCGAGAACUCGAUCGGAGUUCAAUCACAUGAAGAUUUUGUGUCGGUCUUAGAUGGCAAUGAUGAGCCGGAGCUCCCCAUAGCUAUGGUUGCCUUGAUUGCAACUGUUAUCUAUGCCAUACUGAUGGACUGGAGGAGCGGCAAUCCACCGUCGAGCUCUCAAGUCAAAUCAUUCAAUGCUACUGUCUACAUUAGCGUUUACAAAGCCCAUGAAGCAACCCUCACUCAGAUCUUUGAAGGCGGUAAAAAGAAGUAUCAUGCGCUGAUGACACGGCUUUACAAGGCUGUCUGUGUGUCGGACAAUGUGUUGCUGCCAUCUGGUGCGCUGAGCAACUUCGACUACCUCGAUCUCAGUGCAAUGUCCGAGGAUUGAACUAAGGUUGUUGUGCCAUGUGCACCCGCGGAUACCCAUGUAUUACUGAUCUCACUUUGUACAUUUUGAUAGUCGUUCGUACAUACUGACAGGCCAUUCUG